GAUGAAGGCACAUCCCAUUGGUCCCCCCUCUUGUUGCUUUGCUCCUGGAGGAUGAUGUUGGGUUUCUGCCCCUGCCCUGCGUCACUGCUCACGUCACUUCUCCUUCCACAAGCUAUUGGCAUGGGAAUGGGGAGGGAGACGCUUCUACUUAUUAUUAGCACUGGAGACAGUGUGUAAAAAGCCCAUAUUGGAGACCAGUAGUGCGGAGCUGUCAGUGCCGGACAGGAGCAGAGAGCACAGAAGGAGCAAUAGGAGUGGAAAAGCAUCUCUCUGUAUCAGACCUGUUAUUUAGCCACAGCACCUUCUUCACGACGAGCUUAGAGGAGAAUACAUUUUGAAUACAUUGUGAUUUUUUUUUUGUCCUCCCUACCUGUGGCUGGUGUUUUACCUUGGACUAUAACUAUGGUCUGCAACACCUAACACCAAGCAUCUGAAUUUCUUACAGGAUUAUGAUUCCUUACAUGCUUCAUUAUUACUGACUCCCACCAAUAGCAGGAGCUGCCAGUUCCCCUGGGGGUGCAGCAGUGAGCUCUGGGUCUGCAGGCAGACUGCCUCAUUAAUUUGGGGAUCCACAGGACCUCAGAUCCAACAUGGGCCUUUGGAAAACAUUGCAUGGACCUGAUUUGUUUCAGGUGUGGUGCUCUUGUUGCAUUCUCCUGGUUUUACUUUGGAGGGGGUCGGCCUGCCCUUCUUCAUGCAAGUGUAAUUCAACGAUGAUUGCCUGCACUGUUCCGUACCCGGGGAUUGUUGCUUUUCCAGUGCUGGGGAGUUCCGCGCAGGCGGAGAACAUCACUGACAUCUACAUCGCAAACCAGCGAAACUUUGCGACUAUCAAUAACGAUGAUGUUAAGAUUUACACAAGACUGAAAAAUCUGACUGUGGUUGACUCCGGUCUAAAGGUAAUAUCUCGCCAAGCAUUUCGAAACAACCUCAAACUAACUUACAUAAAUCUCUCAAGAAACAAGCUGCCAGCCCUAACCAGGAAACUAUUUCGACAUCUUUCUCUGUCUGAACUAAUUGUAGGUGGCAACCCAUUCCUGUGUUCCUGUGAUUUAAUGUGGAUUAAGCGACACCAGGAUUCUAAUUCCCUAAGCAUGGAGAACCAAAAUAUAUACUGCAUCAAUGAGAACGAUAAGAAGAUCACUCUUUCCAACAUGCAGAUCCCCAACUGCGAUUCUCCAAACAUUAAUGUGAGUACGACUAACCUUACAGUCCUUGAGGGUAACGAUGCAACAAUACACUGUGAUGCCACUGGACUUCCGGACCCUAACAUCUCCUGGGACGUCUCCCAAAUCAAUUCAACGAAAAUUCUACAGACAGACACUGGCAGGCGUCCUUCCUUCCUCAAGUUAAAGAAUGUGACAUCACUGGACAAUAAGAAGAACAUUGUGUGUAUAGCAGAAAAUAGUGUUGGAGAUGACCAAGUUUUCGUGGAGAUCAAUGUACACUUUCCACCAACAAUCACGUUUAUUGACAGCCCAACAUUGGACCAUCACUGGUGUAUCCCAUUCAGCGUGAGGAGUAAUCCCAGGCCCAAGCUGCAGUGGUUUCAUGAGGGGGCUAUUCUAAGCGAGACUGACUUUAUUUGGAGUAAGAUUCAUGAAACAAGUGACAACCUGAGCGAGCACCAUGGCUGUUUGCAACUAGACAGCCCAACGCAUUUUAACAAUGGCUUAUACACGCUACGAGCUGAAAAUGAAUACGGAAAGGAUGAACGCACAAUUGCGGCUCAUUUCAUGACAAUUCCAGAUGAUGGUAAUGAGACAAUUACUGAGCCUGGAUUUUAUGAUUACGAGACCACUUCAAACGAUGGUGGGAGGUCCAGCACAGAUAAUGGUGUCACAUCAACAGAUGUUUCGGAUGAUGGGAAUGAAGACAGCAUUACUGUUUAUGUCGUUGUUGGAAUUGCGGCACUAGUGUGCACUGGUCUUGUGAUAAUGCUAAUCAUCCUGAAGUUUGGAAGGCACUCAAAGUUUGGAUUAAAAGGCCCUUCAUCUGUGAUCAGUAAUGAUGAUGAUUCAGCCAGUCCUCUCCAUCACAUUUCUAAUGGCAGCAACACCCCAUCUUCUUCUGAAGGUGGACCUGAUGCAGUAAUUAUUGGCAUGACAAAAAUACCUGUCAUUGAAAACCCCCAGUACUUUGGAAUAACAAACAGCCACCUUAAGCCAGACACUUUUGUUCAACAUAUAAAGAGGCACAAUAUUGUCCUGAAAAGAGAAUUGGGGGAAGGUGCAUUUGGUAAAGUGUUUCUGGCUGAGUGUUACAACCUUAACCCCGAGCAAGACAAACUCCUGGUCGCAGUAAAGACAUUAAAAGACGCCAGUGAAAAUGCACGAAAGGACUUCCAUCGUGAGGCGGAGCUAUUAACCAACUUACAACAUGAACACAUUGUGACGUUUUAUGGUGUUUGCGUUGAAGGCGACCCUCUCAUCAUGGUCUUUGAGUAUAUGAAGCACGGAGAUCUUAACAAAUUUCUAAGAGCUCAUGGACCAGAUGCCGUCCUUAUGGCAGAAGGGAACCGGCCCGCAGAGCUUACACAAUCGCAGAUGCUUCACAUAGCUCAGCAGAUUGCAGCAGGUAUGGUGUACCUAGCAUCCCAGCACUUUGUCCAUAGAGAUCUGGCAACAAGGAACUGUCUGGUGGGAGAAAACCUUCUUGUGAAGAUAGGAGACUUUGGCAUGUCAAGAGAUGUGUACAGCACCGAUUAUUACAGAGUUGGUGGACACACAAUGUUACCAAUCCGUUGGAUGCCUCCUGAAAGUAUUAUGUAUAGGAAAUUUACCACAGAAAGUGAUGUUUGGAGUUUAGGGGUUGUUUUAUGGGAAAUAUUCACCUAUGGAAAGCAACCAUGGUAUCAACUAUCAAACAAUGAGGUGAUCGAGUGUAUUACUCAAGGUCGAGUCUUACAGAGACCUCGCACUUGCCCAAAAGAAGUAUAUGAUUUAAUGCUGGGGUGCUGGCAGAGGGAGCCACAUAUGAGGCUGAAUAUCAAGGAAAUACACAGCCUCCUUCAGAACUUGUCCAAGGCAUCUCCUGUAUACCUCGAUAUCCUCGGCUAAGAGUUCAUGCUGUUUCCAAUAUGAGCUUUGGUGGAUGAAUGUGGUGAACUCCCGCUAAACUUCAUGAAAUGUGUUAUAACCUCUGACAGUAUUACUGGCAAAGAUGCUGACAAGCUUUCAAAAAGGGCAAGCAACACUAACUUCUUCAUCUGUACAAUACACAAUAUUGAAUAUUUGCCAUUCAUUGGUUGUAUCUUCUUCCUUCAUUCUGGGCCUUUAUCUUUUUACCUUCUGCAGUCUUUCUUUGGUUGUCUAUCACUGUCUUUUCUUCUUUAUGCUUCUGCCUUUCUGUAACUCAGCAUACAUAGAAAAAGGCCUUAAAACGUUUUCUGUUAAUCAGCAGGCACGCAUGUCUGUCUACCACAUCAAACAAUGCCUUCUUGUAUUCCUGCCUUCGAUGUGGAUGAAAAAAAGGGAAAAAUGUAAACAAAAAGGUGACAUGGACUUUACCACUUCCUGCUGCACUCACCUGUAGAGCGUCCACUGACAUUUAGUCAACUCUACUCUUUGGCUACAUGCAGUAAUGACAGCCAUUUUCUGAAAAGAGACAUGUAGGAGAUUGCAGGAAAAGUGGUCGGGAAAAUUUGCUGUAUUGAGGAGGCAUGUAAAUGGAGCCACGUUGUUUAUCUACCUAGAAAAAUUGCAAAACAUAUUACUCAGAAAAAAUAAUAAUAAACCUUCCUCCAGUGUGCACAUCUAUUCAUUUUAACACAAGGUAAAGAGAGACUUGCUGUCUAUGAUAAUAUAUGUUCAGCCCCUUAUUAAAUGCAGUAAAUCAAGUAUUAUGAUGCAUUAAAGCAAAAUGACUUAUUUAAGAGACUUUGAUCGUCACAGAGAGAUGUUGAGUUCAUCUAAAACAGUGCCCGACCGACAAUCUAACCAAUUCACCAGUUUACAAAACCCUACAAUACAGCUACUUUGAGAAAAGUGCGCAGAUAUCUAUUUUUGGGACAUUUUUCACUGGCGAGAAAAUGUUAGAUUUGUGUUGCAAAGAUGGCCAGAGGAAUAUUGCAUAAAACACCUAUGUAUUACAAGCAACAGAACCAGCUACACCUGUUUGGGAAGCAGGGUCCUUCAAACAAUGUCAUAACCAAAAGAUGUCUGAAAUGUAUAUUCCUAUGGUUUGUUUGUCACCCUCUUAUUCCUCUGUGGCCUCUGAUAUGAAGUUCAUAUUUCUAUAUAUCAGAUUGUAAAAAGUAGAGACCUUUCUAAAAUGUUUGUGAUGUUAAAUCAGGAGACAGCGCAUGCUUAUAUAUGUUACCGGCAUGAUGUGUCCAAUGCAAAGAUAUUGAAAGUUGCUCUCAAGAACACAUAAAAAAAAACCUAUAUCAUGAUCGCAUUUAACAUAGAGUAGACAGACAUUCUUUUAACCGUUAGUGAAGCACGGAGGUCGGUUUAAUCUAUUACAAGCCCCUCGGCCUCUGUAAAAGUCAGUUAGUUAAGAACGUGUAGCACAGUAAAGGAAAUUGCAUUGUGUAUAGGUAAAUGUAAAUAAACUGCAGUAUAUUGAAAUGAAAUGGAUAGCUGUAAAAUACAUUUGAUUUGAGAAAAAAAUAUAUAAAUAUCAAAAAUUGCCUCUGAAACAGAGGCUUUAGCACAGAGAAUUGUUUCAUUUUGGGGUCUGCUAAUGAUUGUACAACAUUUUUAUCAAUGUUUUGAAAAGUGAAACAAUUAUACAUGUGCGAUAGUUAAUGUGCAGUUUCUUAGUUUCAUUGUUGAAAACCUAUCUUAAACUUUUCUUCUGUUUAUUUCUUUUUUCUUUUAUAGACUGAUGUUUGCAGUAUUUUUCUUGCCCAGGUUUUCAGUACAAACAGGUGCCUGAUAACACCAGACAGCUUAGUUAAAAUGGUCGCCGAAUUGUUGGACAGUCUGAAGGCUUGGGAUUUAGAAAUCCGUUAGAAAGUAUGAGAAUGUCUUACAUUCUGUACUGUGUACUGCUGCACUUCUGAUUUCAACCACAUUUAUUCACCUAAGAUAUUGCUCACGCAUUGAUAAGCUGUGUACAGUGUUUUUGAAAAGUAUUCUUCACACUAUAAGGCAAGCUGGUAAUAGCUUCAAAAGCAAGAUUAAAUUCUCUUGUUGCCUGCCAUGUGAGACAUAUCCUCUCAAAAUACAUAUAUAUGCAUUUAUUGGUAAACAUAAAUAUGUUUGGAAUUAAUGUACAGUUUGAACAUAAGUGUGUGAUAUGACAUAAUCCAUAUAAACAAAUGAUACAUUUAUUUUAAUGAGAUUCAGGAUUAUGUUUCCACAUCAUUUAUCUAGAUCUGUUGGAUAAUGAGGUUUCUAUAGCACAUAUUGGAUACAGUGGGCCUCAUGUUGCAAUACUCUACAUCAGUGAUUUAGGGUUUACUGUGUGGUGAAUGUGUAUUGGUGAAAUAUUAACCCUGUGAGUAUCAUAAGGGUCACAAUUAUGCUUUGAUUGCACAUGGUGCAUAUACACUUGGUAGUCAAGGGUUAUGUAAGUGGAUAUUACUGAAAUUAGGGAAAUAAAUAUUUCUCUUGAUGAGAUGUAAUUAAAGCCAAUAUUAUAUCUCAUUUUUUUCUCUGCAUAGGCUCGUUAACACUGCCCGCCUCUUCCCUGUAUUUGUAAUGUGCCUACAAGCAACAUAGUAUGUUAGGCUCGAAACAAAAAUGAUCUAGUAUAACUUUUUUAAAAUUAUAUAGGAUGUAGAACUGCAGAUUGUGGCGCUACAUUUCUCGCAAAUUAACAGAAUUUGAUCUUUUCAAAAUGACUGCUUGUAACCAAGCUCUGUAUAGGCUGAGGAAGCUUAGAUGCAGUUGUUGCCUAAUUAAAAGUACGGCCCUGACUUAAUCAAAUUUGUAGCACGCUGCCAUUGCCACGUUUUCAUUGGCUUAGCCACACUCAAUCAGAGAUGGCACUACAAUCAGUGACAGGGAAAGGAACCAUAUAAUAGAUGAGUUUCCAGAAACAUACAUUUCAUUUUAAGAUAGCAUUGUUUUACGAAAUAAAACACACCUAUUUAUACACCGGCCAUACUGUUUCUUAUUACAGCAUUUACAUAUCACUGCUAUAUUGUUGGUCUUUCUUUUUAUUUUAUUUUUCAAAAUAAGUCAAAUCAUUUGAUACAACCCAUUCCCAGUUCCUAAUUAAAGGAUCAUCUGUGUGUUCUCCCACUCCUAAACUCUUCUUUUUGCACUAUUAUAUUAUUUGAUGUAUGUAUUUCUAGAAGGAGUUGUAUAUUCUUAUUUGGGAUUUUUAGUGCUCAUGGCAGUCAUCGGUUGUAUAAUAUACAGCAAUGGCUAACACAGUAUAAGUGUAUAAGUAAAAGCAACUACCAGUUGAACUUGUUGUCACUUUUAAGUGAUCUUGGAACAACCAUCAAAAUACGACCAAGAAAAAUGAAUUCUGAAACCACUGCUUUUGAAAGAAUGUAUUUUUGUUUCAUUUUUUUUUAAACUGAAACAACCAUUAAAGGACAAAAUUAAAUGGGAAA